GCUCGGUCGCGACCGACUGUUGAAGUUCGUCUUCCCGGAAGCACCUGCUUCGUCAUUGUUUAUUCAGCUUAAAGAAAUGUUUAUGAAUGGCACUAGGUGACGUAUCAUUCGAGCUGUGCACAACAUGCUAAGCUACGCGUUGGCGGCGUGUUUAUCCGCGUUAUUAGCGGUGCUGUUCGUUCCUCGAGACUGGUUUGAACCGGGAGCGGGGCCGCGCCUCCUGAGCAGAGGUGAGCUGGCCCAGUACGACGGAGAGCAGGGCAGCAGGGGCCUUUACCUGGCCGUACUGGGACGGGUGUUUGACGUGAGCAAGGGGCGCAAACAUUAUGGCCCCACUGGUGCUUAUCACUUUAUGGCAGGCAGGGAUGCAUCUCUGGCUUUCAUCACUGGGGACUUCUCGGAUCAGGGUCUCACAGACGAUGUCUCCAGUCUGUCCCCUCUGCAGGCGGUUGCACUUUUUGACUGGCUGGCCUUCUAUCAGAGACAGUACAUAAGUGUUGGGCUGUUAAUCGGUCGGUUCUAUAAUGAAACUGGGCAGCCCACAGACACCUUGCUGAACGUGGAGAGAUUACUAGAUGAAGGACGGCGCCUGAAAGCCCAGUCUGAUGCCGAGAAGGUCCGAUUCCCACCCUGCAACUCGGAGUGGAGCGCUGGCAGAGGGGGCAGAGUCUGGUGCUCCUCGAAGAGCGGUGGCGUGACCAGAGACUGGACAGGUGUGCCACGGAGGCUCUUCUCUGCAGCUUCCAGCAGCGUUCAGUGCGUGUGCGUUAAAGACUCGGCUACAGCAGAGGAAGACCCCAACCUGCAGAAAUACGACGGCUGCCCUGCACAGGCGGACUCGUGCAUUGUGGGAGAACAGUAACCUUUGAACCAGUCCAGAACAAAAUGGGACCAAACCAUUGCUGAAUUUUAUUUUAAAAAAAUAUGAAAACC